AACAGGUUAGAGGGCGCACACGUGGCCUCGGCAGACCGCAGGGAAGGUGCACGACAAAUCGUUUCUGAUCAGGUUGUGGAUAUUUUGAUUUAUUAGUUUUGGAAGCAAGGAGGAAAAUAGUGCGUGUCUUGGUCUGCGUGAGAUGGACAUGUUUCCUCUUAGAGAGUUCCUGCUGGUAGCUUGUUGCUUUUCCUUGGGGGUUGCCCAGCUGCAUGGAGCGACGACGACAGACAGUGGGAAUUCUACCUCAGCCGCAUCUGCUUCUCCCACUUCCACAACGCCUGAGGAACCUCUUUCAGGAAUAACAGCUUCCUCUCCUGUCACAUCUCCCUCGACGUCUACGUCUUUGCUGACAUCUAUGCCUCCUGCCUCGACUGCAGCCACUACUUCAGGAGGGACGUCGACGGACACCGAGGCCGAGGGAGGCGAUGGCGGUGUGACGGCCGAGGAGGAGGCCGGAGAGGAGACCGCCGGGGAGGAGGCCGGAGAGGAGACCGACGCCCACCACCACAGCGACGCUUCCACCUCGUCGCACGCAAGCACGACAGAGACUCCGAGAGCCGCCCCCUCCACAGCGUCACCUGCUGCAGAGACGACGGCUCCUGAAACAACGAGAGACGUGACUUCAGCCACACUCCCGCCGGUCGGCCCUGAAUUCGAUACCGCCAACCAGAGUCAGCCGACUGCCCCCCCGAGUCGCACAGACACCGACAUUGACAAUGAAGGCACUGUCGUGGCAUCCGAAAGCACCCAGAGCCAUCCAGAGAGCAGUGCCACUACGGAACAAAGCACCGAAGACGCCGCCACCCAUUCCCCGGAGACCUCCGCUGAGCGCAACACGACACUGCCGAUCGCGACCCCAUGGGACACAACGCACGCGGAGACACACCCUGGAGAGGCGCACACCACUCCCUCCACCACUGCGGACGAACAGACGCCCGCCGCGGACCGUACGUCUCCCGAGGAGCCGAGUGAAGCCCCUACUGAGGCUGAGGAACACCAGGACCCGACGCUCGCUCCUUCUGAAGCCCCGAGCGAACGCACAACGCCAGAAGAAACCACGGAAGAAGCGCCAAGCGAACCGGGCAGCCACCACGACGUCUCUCCCUCCGCAGGGCCUUCGGGAGCCACCACGAGCGAAACGACUGCCCACGACGAACCCACGAUAGCCACGUUACCCACGACCUCCGGCGAGCCCACGGACGACUCGGUGGUGCAGCCUGCGAGCACGUGUUUCGGCAACGAGGAAGUGAGCACGUGGCUGGUGGUGGCCGUGGGCGUGGGCGUGAACGUGCUGUGCGUGGUGGUGACGGCCCUGUGUGUGCAUCGCAUCGUGUCCCGGAAGCUGUCAUGGGAUCCGCCGCCCAUCUACUACAACCGAUCGAAACGUCCAGCGCCGCGUCCGGAUGCUCGUGCGGGGCUUAACCUCGCGUCCGACACCGAUUGCAAAGCCGGCGAAGGAGGGAACCCGACACACAUCCCCAUCCUGAUUACGAACGAAGAUGGCUGGUGCGUUCCUUACAGCGAUCAGGAUCAGAAGAAGAAGAAGAAGGAUGCCGCUGCCGCCACCGAGGAUACAGGAGUGUGAGGGUUGGGAGGCGUUCAUGGCGCGGGGUGCAUCAUAACAGAAACCGUUUUCAAGUUUCAAUGCAGAAAUUCGAUCUCUGCUUUUUAUUUCUCUUCUGCUAUUUCAACCACCUCAUCUUCUUUCCUAUAUCCUUCUUAUCGUGUUCCUUGUUUAUUUGUCUUCUUUUCAUUUUAUUUAUAGAUAUAUCUCUCUCUCUCUCUCUCUCUCUCUCUCUCUCUCUCUCUCUCUCUCUCUCUCUCUCUCUCUCUCUCUCUCUCUCUCUCUCUCUCUCUCUCUCUCUCUCUCUAUCUAUCUAUCUAUCUAUCUAUCUAUCUAUCUAUCUCUUCACUGAUGUAUAUUACUGCGAUUCGUAGCGAUGUCACUGUAACAGAAUCUGAUGUCCGUGAUGUCUUGAGAUAUAUUCCCUGUAUAAUUUACGUCGCAAUUUCUUUCUUUACUUGCAGUUUUUUCUUUCCAUUUUUUCUUUUUUUAUUGCUACUAUUUUCAUUUCUAUGAUUUUUAUCAUUAUCAUCAUAAUAAUGAUAUUAGUUAUUGUAGU